AUGUCGAGCUGCUGCCAGAUCAAUUUCAGGCGACUUGCGCUCAAUGCCAUCGGCUUGUCUCGAUGGUCCGGCUCGGCUCCAGCCACACGCUUCCUUCAUCCACUCAAGGUCCCCGACGCCGUCAGUCGACUCCUUCGGCCAGUCGACAUGUCCUUGGCCGACAUCAUUGGCGCCUAUCGCUUCCAGAUCGAGCAAAUGGCGAACAUGAUUGCGUACGUCGAACCAGUCGGAAAUCCAGAAAGCCGUCCAUCUCGGUGCUCGACGGGGUUCUUACCUUUCGAUUGGUCAUCCGCUUCGAGAGCCAGUUUCCUCAAAUCACAGGCGCACAGACACAAGCAAGUGCUCGUUCACGUCAAAGGAGACCUUCGACAAGCGAGGAAAAUUAAAAAGGAGCUCGAAGACGCAAAGGCAGAGAACCGGAUUUUGACCGAUAAGAUCAGAGCAUGGCAGCUGCUCUCGGAGGGCAAGCAGGGCCAAGCCCAGCCGAGUCAGUCUGAAGCUUCUCGCGUCGGGGCUCAGGCCGCACACAAAUUCCGAGACGGACAUGCGGGAUGUUUCGCACUGAUCGCCCCCGAGCAAGAGCCGCAUCGCAGCAAUGAUCAGCUGGACCCGUUGCCGCACGGGCUCUUCGUCAAGCACAUUCCUCAGCCGGCCCAGAAUCGACCCUGCCUUGCGGGCUUUCCACUCGACAACAGAUCGCAGCAACGUCCGUCGACGUGCUCUUCGGAAGUAUUUGCCUUCAAGCCACCGUCCUUUACAGAAGCAUCGCCGCCUCCUCGCUGGAGCCGGCCGGGUGCUGCAGAGAGCAGCGCCCCGCAGCAACAGCCGAUACCACUCUUCCGGGGCAUGGCCGCGCCAGCCGCUCAGGUCUACACCCCGCAAAUGACGAGCCCCAUGCAGGCCCAAGUCCAGCAUCAUGGCCCUCGUGCCUCUUCGCGACACGAGCACGUGCAUAUGCUUGGAAGGCCGUCCGGCAACGUCUCGGGCUCGCGUUCCAUGCCCACACUGGCACGGACAGAGGAGGAGCUGGCUCCGCGCCAGCAUGUUGGCGCCUGGCAUACCGCAAGAAUGUCAGGCCCGAGCAGAAGGACAGAAUCGCCGGCAAGGGGAAGCUUCGGCGCACCUGUGGCGAGACCGCCCGCAUCGGAGCGGUCGCACGCACGACGAGAUGGAGUGGGACCGGUCGGGCACCAGACUCAGACCGUCAAGAAGGAAUGA